UCCACUCCUGCCUCUCUUUUCUCCCACACACACCCACACACUGCUUAACCUCCUUUUUCUCUCUCUCUUCAUCACACCCAAAAUGUCCCCAAAGGAAAAAGACCAAAAUGCCCUUAAACAUGGUGUCGGCAUUGGCGUUGCCGCCAACGCCAAUGCCGAGAUACGCUAUAGAGGAGUGAGGAAGCGGCCGUGGGGCAGAUAUGCGGCUGAAAUACGCGACCCGUUGAAGAAGACACGUGUUUGGCUUGGUACCUUCAACACCGCUGAAGAGGCGGCGCGUGCUUAUGACGCUGCCGCGGUAGAGUUCCGUGGGGCGAAAGCGCGGACUAAUUUUUCCCUUGCCGAUAGUAAUCAGUGUUGUUUGAGCAGUGGCGACAGCACUACCCUUGAAUCCUUAGACGCGCCGCCGCCGUCACUUGAACUUACUCUCUCCGCAGACGGUGCGGCGGCGCGUGGGGAUAAUUCUUACGCGCUUUAUGGUGCGUUGGCCAAGAGAGUGUCUGACAUACGAGAGGCGUUAAGGUGCGGACAUAAUGGUGGGGCCCAAACUCAAAGUGAGGAAUCAACCGUUGAUUCUGGAAAUCGGAUGUCGGUGAUUGAUCUUGAUCUUAACUUGGCCCCACCACAGGAAGUUGCAUGAUCUCAUCCUAGUAGUUGGAAUUUGGUGAUGGGUCACACUUGAUUUUUAGACUUUUUUUUUUUUUUUUUUUUGGGUUGGCUUAGAAGAAAAAAAAAAAUUGACAGAGGAUUAGAGAGGAGACAGAGAGUUGAAUGGCGAGCCUUAGUUUUGUAUUGAAGAUAAAGGCGCUUUCUCUUAUCUUGUCAGAAGUUUUGUAAAUACAGUAACAAACAUCUCCUUUUCUUUUUGGUAGUAAUUUAAUCUAAUAUUAUUCCCUAUCA